ACUGUCACAUUGUCAAAGCGGCAAAUAUGGCGGCUGCGGUAAAUGAGUUUGAGCCGUGGCUCAUUGAUAAAUUAAAAUGUUUAAAAACCGACGAAGGAGUAUUUGGGUCAUAUAUUACUGGUAUUUUAGAUAGCGAAGAUUCUAUUGAUGAUAAAAAAGAUGCUUUGGAAGAUAUACUUUCUGGGAUCGUGGAAACCGAUAUCGCUUUUCAUGUAAAUGAGAUAAUAGACAAAUGGGAAACAUGUCGUCCUAAAGAAGAUAAUCCGAAACCAGCUACAGAUGUUGAUAUACAACUAGCAAAAUUAUUAGAAUCUCAAUCACUUGCUACCACGACUCGGCGAGAAUAUACAGACGAGGAAAAGAAAAUACGAGAAGCAAUAUUAUCACAGUAUAGUCAACUUUCUGACAAUGAGGAAGAUAAUGCCCAAGAUGAGGAAGCUGAUAGUUCAGAUUUAGUAAAAAAUACAAAUGCUGCAGAUGUAGCCGCAGCAGCCCGUGAGCGUCGGGAGCAAGCUCGUCAAGAAGCUCAGCGGAAGAAAGAAAAAGAUAAGGAAGACAGAGAGAAACAAAAACAACUGAAAGAAGAGAAGAAAGAAAAGCGAAAGACACAAAAGGGUGAACGCAAAAGGUAGCAAACCAAAAGUAAAAAGUAAUAGUAUAUUUAGAUUUACGAUUAUUUUUGUUUGCUACAUACCAGUGACAUAUUUUAUUCAAGGGCAAUUAUAUGAAUAUUUUGAAAUUGGUAUUAUAUAUAAUAUAAUUUUAUAUGGGUGAUGUUAUAUUUCAUUCUGAGAAAAUGGUUGAUGUUAAUAAAGUAUACUUUUAAUACAAUUUAUUUUUGAAAUGCACAAAUUAACAUUAAUACAUUUAUUGUGAAAGAUUCAACAUAGGUUAAUUUGCUGUUGACUGUACAUAUAAAUUUGAAUGAAUAAUCAAGGAAUGAAAUAUUCACCCAUAUAACACAGCUUCUAACUUACUGCAAGACCAAAAUUAUAGAGUAUAUAAAUUAAUAAAAACUUGGGAUUCUAAAAUGUGAUGAGAGGUAAUUACAAAUUGGAGAAAUUUUGUACUUGUAGAUGUUAGAGAAAAUUAUUAAAUUGUUUUAUUCACAUUUCAAAUAAAAUCAAAAUAAGUAGCUGUUGAGUUUUUAAGCAAUUAUUAACAUUGUAUUAUUGUUUUUUAAGUCAUAUCUGUUUGGUGGAUUUUAAAAAUUACUACCAAAAGUUGAUUCGUUUUUCAAUUUAAGAUGCUAUGUAUUGAUACAAAGCUGUCAGUAAAAAUGUACAGAGUAUAUUAUUUCUAUCACCACCUUGAUUGACAGAACUCAAUUACUAAUUUUACGACUUGUUUUAGAAUCUUUUAUUAGCGUAGUUAUAAUAUUGGUUAAGUCUUUAAACUUGAGAUUUUAACAAGUUAAAAGUGGGGAACUGUCAAUCAGGAUUGUGAAUUGGGCAAUAGAUAUGAAGUAAGUAGCAAAAUAGCAGAUAUGUAUGUUGCAGCAGCUGUAGAUUUCAUCCUGUUUAUAGGUUCCAACCACAUCAGUUUCACCUAUGUUUCCUUUAUUAGUGCAUGGGGUGCGAUGCACACAGGCGCUGAGACAUGCUCGCAUGGUUAUUUCUUUUAUAGAAAUGACCAUGAUAUGAGCAUAAAACAUAGUAUAAUACCCUUCACAAAAUUGUAUGCAAACAAAAAGGUCUACCUUAGUCAUGACACAGGUUUUCAGAGAGAUCUGAUGUGGGUAGAUUUUAAGCUGAUGGUGUCGUAGCUGUUUCAUUUUGAGACAAAAAGGCGCCCGAGGGUAUUUUUUGCACAAGGGCACUACAGGACUGGAACUGCUGGGAGCUGUAACCGAUUUUGUUCGUAUCCUAGACUUAACUCAUUAUUCAUGAAAUCAUAAACAGGAUGAGCAGGAGCACAAGUAAAUAAAAGUUGGAUAUAAACUGGUACCUAUAUUUAGAUGUAUGUAAAUUAAAGAAAUGUGACAAAAUAUUAUCUAUGCAGAUUUCUAUGUCAGUCAAUAUCAGUUAUUUACUAGUAUUAAUAAUGUAAUAAAACAAUUUUUAAAAUGUGUAAA